AUGGGUCCUUCAAAAAAGGGAGACGACCCACCCAUUUUUCAUGGACCUGACGCUACUUUCGCACUCAAUGAAGCCAAUUGCGGUGCACCACAGAAUGGCGAGGUUCUCAUCAAGACGCUGUAUUUCUCAAACGACCCCUCCCAGCGUGGCUGGAUCGAUGCCAAUACAGAAAACGAACGCCUUCAUGUUCCCCAGCUUCCCGAAGGAGAACCUAUGCGAACAUUUGCCAUUGCAGAAAUCGUCGAACCCAACGCCAACGCUCUAAGAAAAGGCGACCUGGUCCGGGCAUGGACCAGGUGGUCGGUUUAUGCGGUAGUGGACGCGCAACUGUGCACCAAACUCCCGCCACUGCCUAACGAACCGAGCGUGACACAUCAUCUUGGUGCUCUUGGAAUUACAGGCCUAACGGCCUACUUUGGAAUUAAUAAUAUCGCCCAAGCGACCAAAGAUGAUAUCGUCGUCGUGUCUGGUGCGGCAGGUGCAACCGGAAGCAUGGUUGUGCAGCUUGCCAAAAAGGUCAUCGGCUGCAAGAUAGUCAUUGGCACAGCAGGGUCCGAUUCGAAGUGCGAAUGGGUGGAGUCUCUGGGCGCAGAUGUCUGCUUGAACUACAGAUCACCAAACAUUGCUCAGUAUCUGGUGAAGGCGACACCAGACUUUGUCAAUGUUGGUGGAUAUAUUCUGGACCUAAUGCUCACUUUGCAUGGCUCGAUUUGGCCGCAUCGCAGGGUGUGGCACAAUUGCCAACUACAAUAA